AACAUGUCAAUUAUUUUCUGCUAAGAUAUGACAAGUUCAAAGCCUUUGCUAAUCGUACACAUAUAGUUCUUUUUUCUGUGGAUCUUUUUGAAGUAAGAUCGUCGAAGUUUUUAAAAAUAUAUAUUUUAAGAUGGCGGACACAGAUGUAAUACCUCCCGAAGAACAAAUUCCAGCUGAACCAGCACCUGCUGAUAUGGACACAAUUCUUGCUAUAGAUUGUUUACCACAAGCUGAAUUACCAGAUAUAAAAUUAUUUGGAAAAUGGAGUUGUGAUGAUGUUACUGUCGGUGAUAUUUCACUACAAGAUUACAUUGCUGUUAAGGAAAAAUACGCUAGGUAUUUACCACAUUCAGCUGGCAGAUAUGCAGCCAAACGUUUCCGUAAAGCACAAUGCCCAAUCGUGGAACGUUUAACUAAUUCUUUAAUGAUGAAAGGGCGUAAUAACGGAAAAAAAUUGAUGGCAGUCCGCAUUGUUAAACAUUCGUUUGAAAUUAUCCAUUUAUUGACAGGAGAAAAUCCAUUACAGACAUUAGUCCAUGCAAUCAUUAACUCAGGACCAAGAGAAGAUUCAACCCGUAUUGGUCGCGCUGGUACAGUUCGUCGUCAGGCUGUUGAUGUGUCACCACUUCGUCGUGUUAAUCAGGCUAUCUGGUUAUUAUGUACAGGAGCUAGAGAAGCUGCAUUUAGAAAUAUAAAAACAAUCGCAGAAUGCUUAGCUGAUGAACUUAUCAAUGCCGCAAAGGGCUCAUCAAAUUCAUAUGCUAUUAAAAAGAAGGAUGAAUUAGAACGUGUUGCCAAAUCUAACCGAUAAAUAUUAUGGCACCUUAUCCAUAAAUAUGAAGCUGUUCAUAUAUUUAAAAAAUUAUUUUUCAGAAUAAAAAAUAAGGACAAGAAA